UCUUGUUCUCAUAUUCCUUCAUCCUCAAGACAGAAAAAAGAUCAGCGGUCUAAAACAUUCUCUUCCUUUCCAUUUCCUGUAUUCUUUCUUUGAUAUAUAGUUUCUGAAACUUCAGGUUCCAUAAAAUCUAUCAUCAUGGCUGUUGUGACUUACGAGAUGGAGGUUGCUACAACAAUCCCAGCAGCCAAAAUGUUCAAGGCAUUUGUCCUUGAGGGCAACACCCUCAUCGCAAAGAUCUUGCCUCAGGCUAUCAAGAGUAUUGACAUUCUUGAAGGUGAUGGAGGUGCCGGAACUAUCAAGCAGAUUAACUUUGGCGAUGCUAGCCAAUUCAAGUAUGCAAAGGAGAGGACAGAUUCCGUAGACAAGGAGAAUUUAACAUAUGCAUACACGAUGAUUGAAGGAGAUGUGUUGAUUGGAAAACUUGAAAAAAUAUCUAAUGAGAUUAAGUUUGAGGCAACUCCUGAUGGAGGAUGCCUCGUCAAGUCUCUCAGCAAGUACUACACAAUUGGUGAUUUUGAGCUCAAACAAGAGGAUAUCAAGGCUGGGAAAGAAAAGUCCAUGGGUCUGUUCAAGGCUGUGGAAGGCUACCUCUUGGCAAAUCCUGAUGCCUAAAUCUGAAAAAUGUCUCAUUUUUAUGUUUGCGUUUGAAGUCAAUGCAAUUAGUUUGGUGGAGAUGGUAUUUCUUUUGCUUGGCCCAAACUGAAAUUUGGCAGUAAUAAAGAGUCUCAUUGGUGUGGUUGUGAAUGUUAAA